AUGCCUCGUCCGGGGAGAAACACGUACAGCGACCAGAAGCCGCCUUACUCCUACAUCUCCCUCACCGCCAUGGCGAUCCAGAGUUGCCCCGAGAAGAUGCUCCCUCUGAGCGAAAUCUACAAGUUCAUCAUGGACCGGUUCCCCUACUACAGGGAAAACACGCAGCGCUGGCAGAACUCCCUGCGGCACAACCUGUCCUUCAACGACUGCUUCAUCAAGAUCCCGCGGCGCCCGGACCAGCCAGGUAAGGGCAGCUUCUGGGCGCUACACCCCAACUGCGGGGACAUGUUCGAGAACGGGAGCUUCCUGCGGCGCCGCAAACGCUUCAAAGUGAUGAUGGCGUCCGACCACCUGGGCCCCAGCAAGCAGUCCGACGCGGCGGCCCAUUACCUCCAGCAGCAAGCCAAGCUGCGGCUGAGCGCCCUGGCGGCCACCGGCACGCACCUCCCGCAGAUGUCCAGCUACAACCUCGGGGUGUCCCAGUCGUCCACCUUCAAGCACCCGUUUGCCAUCGAGAACAUCAUCGCUAGAGAGUACAAAGUUCCGGGAAACCUGGCCUUCUCCACCAUGCAGUCCAUGUCGGCCGGGUAUCCCCUGCACAACCAGCUGACCACGGCGUGGCCCCACAUGUACAGCACCGGCGUGAUCGACACGGCGGCCCCCGUCUCCAUGGCGGGCGGCGACUACGGCGCCUACGGCGGCUUGCCCAUCAAGUCGCUGUGCCACGGGGGACAGUCCCUGCCCGCCAUCCCCGUGCCGAUCAAACCCACCCCGACCUCCAUGUCCGGUUUCUCCGCCUUACCCCCGCACAUCCCCGCGUUCCUCUCAAACUCCCCGCAGUCCCUCAGCCCCACGUCCCCACAGACCGCCACGAGCCAAAGCAGCCCCGCCACCCCGAGCGAGACUCUGACGAACCCGUCCACGCUGCAGUCCGUGGCCGUGCACUGA